AUGUUUUUGAUCGUGGUUGAUGCUCAUUCCAAAUGGUUAGAUGUCGUCAAGAUGAAAUCGACGACGGCCGAGAGUACCAUCAACGCCUUACGUUACCUGUUCUCAUCGUUUGGGCUUCCCAAAGAAUUAGUGUCGGACAAUGGACCGCAGUUCGUAGCUGAAGAAUUUCAGACCUUCUUCAAAAACAAUGGAGUUCGCCAUAGUAGAUCAGCACAGUAUCACCCAAGUUCAAAUGGGGAGAAUGAACGUGCAGUUCGUACUUUUAAACAAGCCAUGAGGACUAUGGAGUCUGAAUCAGGUACAUUAAAUCAGAAACUGGCAUCGUUUGUACUAUCGUACCGUACCACACCGCACAGUUUGACUAAAGUUACACCAAGUGAGCUGUUUCUCGGAAGAAAAGUGAGAACGAGAUUAGAAGUGUGUAAACCGGAAGAACCCGAAGAAGCCAUCAUGGAUUCGACGAGUGGUGUUAAACAAACUGGGACCGGUCACUUAUACCGUCCAAGUCGACAGCAUGCAGUGGAAACGACAUAUCGACCAGAUUCGCGCCUUUCACCCAUCAGAUAUGGAUAA